UAUUUAUCCACAUGUGUUGUUGGAGCAUCACUUGAAAGCAUAGAAGAAGAGGAGGAGGAAGACGAAGAUAAUUCAGCUGCUGAAGUUUCUAGUAGGCCAAAGGAGGGAGUCUACCAAAUAGUGGGUACCCUUUCUAAACCAGAGAGUACUAAACCAAGUUUUGCAGAGGAAACAUAUUCAGUCUUUUCUCGAGAAGAGCUCUUAAGUCACUUGCUUGAGUGUGAGAUUGUUUUGUAUAAUAUCACUGAGGAUGCAAACCAAAUAGAGGAAGCAACAUGGGCCGCUUCUGCCUUACAUAUGGAAAUAGAGCAUUUUGCAACACAAAAAAUAUUCAUCCUCAUUUCAACAAUAAUGAGCUGGGCAAAAAGCAAACUCCCUGACCCUGAAGAUCCUGAGAUUGCUUUUACUGAUGAAGAUUAUCGCAGAAGAAAAGCUCAUCCUAACUUUACAGAUCACAUAAAUGCUGAAAAAUUAAUUCUUAAACUUGGGAAGACUAACAAACGUAAAUUUUCAACUUACAUUGUUGCCUCAGGACAUCAAUAUGGAGCUGGGGAAGGAGUCUUGCACUACUUUUUUAAGAUAGGUUGGCUUAGUGAGACACCUGCAAUACCUGUUUUUGGAGAUGGAAACAAUUUUAUUCCAACCAUUCAUAUUCUUGAUUUAGCAGCAGUGUUACAAAAUGUAGCAGACCACAGGCCCAAGUCUCGUUAUAUCCUUGCAGUAGAUUCAUCUAUGCACACCCUGCAAGAAUUAGUAAAGUGUAUCAGUAAAAAUGUUGGACCAGGAAAAAUUGAGAAGAUUCCAACAGAAAAUGCAUUCCUGAGCAAAGACUUAACACAAAUGCAUUUGGAUAUGUUGCUUGUCAACUUGCGAAUGGAAUCUGGGCUUGUGAAAGAGUCUUUCAACAUUAAGUGGGUUGCUCAGGAGGGACUGGUGGAGAACAUUGAGCAAAUUGUCAAGGAAUACAAGCAAAGUCGAGGAUUACUGUCUCUCAGAAUUUUCAUUCAUGGUCCUCCUGGGGUUGGCAAAUCUACCAUUGCUGAAGAACUCUGCAAACACUACAAGCUACAUCACAUUAAAUCAAAAGAUGUGAUUUCUGAAGCAAUAGCGAAUCUGGAGGAAAUUGUGGCUCCUAAAGAACUAGACACUGACAAUGUGGGAGAAGAGGGAGAGGGAAAUGAUGGUGAGGAAGAGGAGCAGGGCGAAAACAUAGAAGAGGCACAAGAGUUAUUAGAUGCAGUAAGAGAAAACAUGGAGCAGAAUACAGGUCAACUAGAUGAUGAGUAUAUCCUUAAAUUUAUGAAGGACAAGCUCAAAUCUAUGCCUUGUAGGAAUCAGGGAUAUGUUUUAGAUGGGUUCCCGGAGACCUGUGAACAGGCAAAUGACCUUUUUAAUUUGGAAAGUGAAGAUGAACAAGGAGCAAAAAGCAAAAUACCUAAAUAUGAUACAUUAAUCACACCUG